UGUUCCAAGAUGGCGGCCAUCAAUACUGGUGAGUUCCCGGUUCAUGGACUUUUACCAAAGCGAGAAACCGGCGCUGAUCGAUAUCUGGCUAAAUAUCCCGAGUACGAUGGUCGUGGGAUUGUCAUCGCUGUUUUUGAUACGGGUGUUGACCCAGGAGCUCCUGGUUUGCAAGAAACUCCUGAUGGACGACGUAAGAUUGUUGAUCUGAUUGAUGCCAGUGGUAGUGGUGAUGUCGAUACUUCAACAGUUUGUGAAGCAGUGGAUGGUUGCCUUACUGGAGUGACAGGCAGGAAGCUUCAGGUUCCGGAUGACUGGGAAAAUCCUUCUGGGAAGUUUUUUAUUGGUGUCAAGAGUGCAUACAGUUUAUUUCCAGGCGGGCUAAAAGGGAGACGUGUGGUAAGUCAUUGACAGCUUUGCCUAAAACUAAGAGCCCUGUUCAUUCUUUCUGUUGUCACAUGCAAUCACCUUUGAGAGUUUAUUGGUUAUAGGGUGGAAUCCCAAAUUCCCAAACUUAAAACUCCGUUAAACUUGAACCAAUUCUAUGCUCCCUUGGGAUGAGUUUUAGAAACCAUUUUCAGUUUCAGUCAUUUGAUACGUCAAUGAUGCCACCUUCAAUACCCUGAACUUCUGAUUUCUCAAACCAUUUUUCAUUUCCAUUGACUAUUCAACGAAUCUGUUAAAAAAAUUCCUCCUUGAUUUAGCGCUGCAAUGUAUUGAUGCUGCAAUUAUUUACAUGGAAACUGUAGCAUGAAGCAGCUAAGAAUGUUGGCAAUCCUCCUUGCUGGGAUGCUAAUCCCUUACAGGUUUCCUCCCUCACCUCUCUUACCCCAUCUAUAGCUUUCUCCAGCAAUGGACCAGUUUUUACUGAAUGGCAUGAUGUGCACUUUUCCGAUUUUUUCAUUCAAACAAAAAAUAAACCGCUCUACUCAAUUUAUCAUGCUGAAUUAGUCAAUAUUUGAAGUUUCAUUAGAAUCUGUUGCAAACUCAUAAAAAUAUGGGACCCCUAACCGGCCAAUUGCUAUAGAGAAAUGUAUGCCAGGGGGGCAACGCUUGCCCCCUUCCAGACAUUUCCUUGUAAGUUUGGGGUUCCAUAUUUUUGUGAGUUUGCAAUGGACUCUUAUAAAACUUUGUUGAUUUACUAAAUUUGGCAAAGGUAAAUUGAACUAUGGAGGUGAUUGUUUGUAUAUUUGCAAAAUACUAAAAAUUGU